CUUGUCAAAGGUGCUGUUUUUUUUAUUCAACUUUGUUUUAGGUAUUUAGCAUCAGUGUCUCAGCCUUUGACUGCUGAAGAUAAAAAUCCGAUUAUGUCUUUCCCACGUGCUUUGCACCUGCUUGACGACUUACAUAAGUACCUAACAUGGCCGGUUGCAGUGAUCGGCAUCAAAUUGUUGGGCAAUGUUACGUCCGGAUACAUAGGUACCUAGAUACAUAGCAGAUACAGGUAUACUGUUAGCAUCCACACGCGACUAACAAUCAAUUGUCCACUGGACGUCAUCUACAACUUAAGCCAAACUUCACCCUGAAACCCCCGAAUAAGGCCUCGUGUCUUCGUCUAUAAGUUCCGUGAGGUCAAAAUACCUGGGUGGGAAACGUCCUUUACAUUAGUAGAGGCCACAGAAAUGGCGGACGAACAAGUGUCACUCACUUCCCUAAUCUUGAUAAUUGUCCUUGGUGGCCUCAUCAUUCGAUACUUAUUCUUUUCGCCUCCAGCCCAAACAUCACGACCACGAGAUGCCCAAGCCAUAUCGCGUGCCAGGGAAGCAGCAGUAGAAAGGGUACAACAGAUUUUUGGACCGGAUCGAGUUGAUCGGAGGACUAUCUUAUGGGAUUUACAUCGUAAUGGGGGGAAUAUCGCGGCAACUACGGAACGGAUAUUAGCUGGACGGAUAGAAACCCCCCCCGUCACAUUCCAACCACCUCCUCCCCCGACUUCUCCUAGCCCUUCGGCGACACAGACGCAGCCCUUCAAGGCACCUCCCAAGCCUGCCGAACCGGAUUUAAUUACUCGGUAUAAACUACAGGACAAAAUCAGGACCGAAAGCGAAAGUGAAUCCUCCGCAAAGUCAAAGGCGUGGAGCUCUAACCGAAACGAGCGACAAGCAUCCCUUCAACGAAGGCGAGACGAGAUGAUUUUGGCAGCAAGAAGGAAAAUGGAAGCCAAGAUCGCGGCGGAGAAAGCUGCUAGAAAUGUGCAACAAUGAGAAAAACAAACAUAUACUUGUAUGGUUGGGUUAGUGACCAAGAGUCUGGAUCACCAUGAGGGAAUUGUAUAUUUCGAAUUCAACCCUCAAGUUGAAGGUGAUUUGUAUAUCGGAGUUGAUGUACAUGUGAGGCGUACCUUGGUCUGAAACAAUACUAUAGACUUGGAGUCAAGGCGGGCAACAUUGAUGCAAUAUCUCUGAACACCAUUGUCAUUACACUAAAUGAUGGGUAGUUCCGCAAAUAUCUUUAGACUAUUGUUUAACCAGAUUCCUCCAUAGAUUUCUAUAA